AUCCUGCGUUCGUGUGCGUUGGAGCUUGAAAAUUCUCUUUCACUUUUUUUUACUUUUUAGAUUUUGAGAAGGAGAACGUCUUUUGAUUUUUGAUUAUCUCUUGAGCUUGACUGUCUUGUUGCAUUUAGCAACGUCAAUGUUACUGGUAGCUUUUGUUGGUUCCUUAGGUUUUGACAGACGACCCUAGUUAUAGUAAAGGAGGCCAUAUUAUUCCCUUUCCAGUUGAUACCGUCACUGCUUCAGGUAACAGUUCUCAAAUCGCUGAAUUUUCUGGUUGAGAGUUGCUGCAGUGCGAACGAACUCAUUGAUCAUUACUGGUUGUAGUGUAGUGCCGUCCUUUCGGCUCCAGUUCUCGGUUGAAAAUGGCAGGGAUUGUUAGCUGUUCUAAUGCUAGCAGUCCGUCGCACCCUGGCUUAGAGGAGAGCCUGGAGCGCUCACUGUCAGAUUCAGAAGUCACGCCGUUGUUGAGUGCGAGAGGGUCGAGCGCUGAGUAUAUUUCCUCGUCAUUGAUCAACGGAGCUAGAGCAUUGCAGUCUGUCGGUGACGGAACUAAUGAAGAGGUGGAGAUUGCUGCACCCAGUCGCCUCAUGAGACCCGUGUCAGUAGCUACAACUUCUAGUGUUGAUGGACUGCAUUGCCAUCCCGACGGAGAUGAUGCAGCGCGCAUUGCCAGCGUAAAGUCAGCAAGGAGAAAACUCAUGAUUGCGUCCGCCUUCUGUUUGCUGUUCACCGUGUCGGAGGCUGCAGGUGGUCUGAUAUCCGGCAGUCUAGCACUACUUACUGACGCUGCACACAUGCUGUCUGACUUUGCUAGCUUCCUCAUUUCAUUGUUUGCCAUCUGGGUAGCCCAGAAGCCUGCCACGAAGUCAAUGUCAUUUGGUUUUUACCGUGCAGAGGUCGUGGGUGCGUUGACAUCUGUUUUCAUCAUUUGGAUUCUCACCGGCGUCCUAGUUUACAAAGCCAUUGAGCGUGUCCAGACUGGUGAACAUAAUAUAAAUGCGAAGGUCAUGCUCAUCACUUCUGGAUUCGGUGUUGCAGUCAAUAUUUUACUUGGCUGCAUUCUUCAUCAGAGUGGAAGUGGGCACCUGCACUCGCAUGGUGGUUCCAGUCAUGGCCACAGUCAUGGCUCUAGUAAUAGCUCUGAUGGCGGUGAAGAGAACAUUAAUGUCCGUGCUGCAUUCAUUCAUGUGAUUGGUGACAUGGUACAGAGCGUUGGUGUUCUGAUUGCAGCCUACAUCAUCUAUUAUUACCCUCAGUACUCCAUUGUCGAUCCCAUCUGCACGUUUCUCUUCUCCGGCUUGGUGCUUCUCACAACACUCUCCGUCUUCCGUGAUGGCAUUCAUGUGCUUAUGGAAGGGAGUCCAAAGAAUAUUUCCUACAGCGCUGUGAAAUCUGAUUUGGAGGCGAUAGAAGGAGUAAUGAUGGCUCACAGUCUGCACAUGUGGUGUCUGACGAUGGGCAAGUCUGCCCUUGCUGUUCACCUUGUAGUUGAGCCCGGCAGGAGUGCACUGCAGCAAGAAGUGCUGGAGAAGGCACAGAACAUAGCACGCAAUAAGUACAACAUGAUACACACAACUGUUCAGGUUGAGGUGUACCAUCGUGACAUGGACAGUUGUAGGCUUUGCCAAGACCCAAAGGACUAAAUGCGUCUGCUGCAUUAUUGGAAUUGGUGGCUGCACGGCGACUAGUGCCUUUCCACCGACGGCAGUCAGGUACCUGCCACGUGCAGCCAGCUGGACAAUCCUAUUUCGCUUGACUACGCUGCUUGCUCUCCUUAUCAUCCACGCUGCUAAUGGUUUGGUGUUGACUUUUGAAGUACGUAUUUGUUUUGGAUCCGUUCUAAGCACACUUGCUCUGCCGUGUGCACAUACACACAAUUACUACUGUUCAUAUUGCCUGAUUUACUGAGAAAAUACAUAGCCUUCUUUUCUGGUGCUGGCACCGAUCAUUGUUGUGAAAAAGUGAACAUUUUUAGCAAUUCACCAGUUGAAAAUGCCAUUGUUUUAAUCUCUGCUUUUAGUCACACUGGUAAUCCGCGUCUGGUCUACCGUUUGCAUCGCUUUUUAGUUUUUACACCCCAUAGAUUUUAGGCUCGAUGUGAGAAGCAAAUUGUUUGUUGGUGCAAUCUACUCGUUCAGCAGCUCCCUUGAUGUUUUUUACUCACUCGUUUCUUUCACUUUGUCACAUCACUAGAUGUUUUUGUGGGCAUUCCUUUAAUCGUCUUGUUUGUUUUUUUCUCUCAUGAGAGUGCAUCCGGAAAGUCAAUUCUUGAGAAGCA